CCGGAAGAUUUGGUGUUUGUUCUCUCUCCUGAUUAGCUACUAAAUACCUAACUACCUACCUGCAUCAAGAUCUCUCUAUUAUCCCAUUCCUCUAUUCGUAUUUCCUCUCAAAACUAACAUCUUACAUGUUCGCACAACCCUGAUAUAAACAGACAUCCAACCCUCAAGAUUGCUUCUGAUCACACCCCCAAUAACAUCCAUCAUACACAUACAACGUCUAAUUGCACAUUCAUGCGACGAAGCGGGUAUCAUAUGGCAACGAAUCUUGGAAAAUUCCAACAAAUGCACCUCUCAUCUCAUUACUCACUCAACUGAUGACUACCGGUAAUCACCUUACAGGUAAUAAGUAUCUUACCAUAAUCUCAACCCUUCUAGAAAGACGCAAAGAAUGAAAGAUCGGAACGAUCAUGGGGCAUGACAAGCUGACUUAUCUAGGGAUACCUCUCCCUGUUUGCCAACACCCAUCCACAAGGAUUUUCCCUCGUUAUCCCAUGCAAAGUGCUGUUGUCAUAUCUUUAAGGCUUAGGGUUCGUUAUAACAGCUAGGUGAUUAUGACUGUAACCUAUUUCUAACUACCUACAGCCCCAGCAUAGCAUAGCUCAUAGCAUAGCUCAUCAACCAUGACAAAACACUGUAUUAUGAAGAAAUGCCGGACCGUUACUCUACCCGCUCCAUACUAGAACUUCAAGAUAUUAUAUACCUCCGUAUGUAACGGACUAUGCGAAAAGUACGAGAUGAUAUUAAGGAGAAACAUCGAACAACAAGAUAUAAAUAAACAAAUCUCUCCAUAUUACGAAUUAUCAUCCCAAAAAAAGAAUCAAACAAAGCGGGUCUCUAAACAUCCACCCGAUCGCAAAUCUCGCAGUCUAGCGGUCCUUCCUUUGGUGUUCUUUCCCAUGAAUUUUUGCGACCGAGGCUAUCAGGUGAGGGCGCACAAAUCCCCUUUCAUGACAUAAUAUAAUAUAAUCACAUACACCACUUCAAACAUCAGUCACUCACUCACUCACUCGCUCGCUCGCUCGCUCAACACAUUCUUUAUCAUGGUCCUGCUAGGACUCGGUCUCCUGAUCGCAUCGGUAUCGUUUUUAUGUUACAGACAUUCUCCGGCGGAAUGGUGGGGUUUUCUGGAGAGAUUGCGGCCGGUUACUGGUACUAGGGAUGCUGGGAAGAGAGAGGAUGUUGGAUCGGGGGGUAGAGGCGGUGAUGAGGAGAUGAAGAAAGAUAGAGGUAGAGGUGGAGGGGAGGAUUCGUCAAGACCGCUAUCUAAUGAGGCAACGACGUCGGAGAAUGAAGAAAAUGGAGAAAAUGCAAAGAUGGAAAGGUCGACGGAUGCGCCGAGUAUGCACAUUACAGAACCACUCCAAGAUGCGACCAUUAUAGGAAGUAAGAGUAUGCCGCCACCUAUUUUACCGCCACCUAGCAAAGCAGCACUUGACCGCGCCGCCAUGCCACCACCACCACCACCUCUAUUCAAAAAACCCGCGCACCCAAACAAAACACCCUCCUCUCCAACCACACCCCGCGCCCCUCCUUCUCCCAACACCAACAUCCUUUCUCCCUCGACUCCCCUUUCCCCGCUGCCCGCUGCAUCCAGGCGCACGAUCAAUCCCACGACUAAACGCCCUCCCAACUUCUCUCGCCGCUCCUCUCGGGUCCCUCCCCAACCGUUCCCUCCCCAACCGCACACCCACCUCCUCACUCACCGCCCCAUCCCUCGCGCCACCCCAACCCACACAUCAAUCCCCACGAAACCACGCAAAAAAGUCCUCCUAACACCCAACCACUCCCCACUAGACUGGGCACGCCUAACCACCUCCCCCAACUCCAACCUCCGCGGUCUCCCCCCAUCCACACCCUAUCUCCGCGUUCCUCCUUCCCUCCUCAAACAAUUCACCGGUCGAAAAGGUAAAGAUGCGUGGACGGUUCUCGGUGGCAAGGUAUACAAUAUCACGCCUUAUUUACCGUAUCAUCCGGGUGGUGAACCGGAGUUGAUGAAAUGUGCGGGGAGAGAUGGGACGAGGCUUUUUGGGGAGGUGCAUCCGUGGGUUAAUGGGAGGGAUGUUAGAGGCGUGUUUGGUGGGGAUAAGUGUGGGUGAGGAGGAGGCGGAGGGGGGUGGUGGAUUGGAGGAUAUGGAUUAGGGAAUGAAUAAAAACAGAUUAUAGUUAAAACACUAGUCGUUUAUAAUAAAGGAGCUCCUUUGCCUUCGUUUUGAUAACAAAACCGGGGCAGGGCUGGGUGUGGAGGAGUAACUUCGAGUAGGGUUUGUGGUGAUACAUUAUGCUUUAAUGAUGUUGGGCGUUUGAGGGAUUAGACGGUAAGCUCUGGAUUCUGUAUAGAUGAGUGUAUAAUUCCAUGUGUGUGGAUCAGGAUGUAAUACAUAGACAGACGGACAGGCAGACACAUACAUACAGAGAGGAAGAUAAUAUCUUUAACAUGAACUAGAACAUAAAAUUAAACCAUGAACAAUAAAUCAAAUCACAACACAUCAGAUCAUCAUACACCCCUGAUGACUAUUUCAGGCCACUCUCCCGUGUACUCCAUACCUCAUUAAAACC